AUGACUAGUAGCAGCCGCAGCAGCAUUAAUAGCAGUAAUUGUUAUCUAAGCCCAUCCAUAAAACAAAAGCAAGCAGUGAGGGUAACUGAUGGUGAAGGUGCUGAAUUGACAUUGUUUAGCUCCAAGCCUAGUAUUAAGAUUGGAAGUGGGUCCAAGGUUACACGUGGCCUACGUUUACAUAUCAAGCAUUCUACUCCCAAAACUACCUGCACUAAUGUUCACCCCAGUGCCCUCAUCAUUUCCACCACUGCCAGUUCCAAAAAGAUGAAAACCAACCAAAAACAUCCAACUCCCUCAAAAGAUGUGGGAGAGAUAAUUGAGGAGAGGCAAGGGACACCAAUACAUCCAAAAAGUCAACUCCACACACCCAUGUACUUUUUGCUUGGAAAUCUCUCUAUAAUUGAUGUUUCACUAAUGUCCAUCCCCAUUCCAAGAGUUUUGUUUGGCCUCCUUUCAAAAAACAACUCUAUUACCUUCCAUGGCUGCUUUGUACAACUGUUUUUCUUUAUUGCUGUUGCAAACAUGGACAGCUUUCUUCUGGCUAUCAUGUCAUUGGACAGAUAUGCCGCAAUCUGCCAACCAUUGCGUUACUCAACCAUAAUGAGCAAAAGGAUGUGCAUUAGUCUAGUCAAUUCAUCAUGGGUUAUUGUUUGCCUCCACUCAUUGUUGUAUACAGUUAUGUUCUCCUCUUUGGUUUAUUGCGAUUCUGUUGUCCACCACUUUUUCUGUGAUGGACCUGCCCUGCUGAUGAAUUCUUGCACAGAUACCUCUGUUAUUGAGAUGUUUAUAUUUUUUGAAGGAUCAAUUAUUGUGAUGAGUCCAAUGUUUUUUAUCCUAGCAUCUUACACACUCAUCAUAAGGGCUGUAUUGAGGUUGCGCACAACCUCCGGUAGAAAAAAGACUUUUUCAACUUGCUCCUCCCAUCUCACAUUAGUCAUUAUCUUUUACAGCUCUGUCAUAUUUAUGUAUUUUCGUCCAAACUCCCUCUUCUCACCAGUGUAUGAUCGUGUGGUCAGUGUGCUCUACACUGUCCUUACUCCAAUGCUCAAUCCUUUUAUAUAUAGUUUGAGAAAUAAGGAGACUAAAGAGCUGGCCACAGUACGGGAUAAAAUUGUGGAUAUGCAGAUAAAUCUUGACACUUACACAGCACAUCCAUUUGAUAAAGAAAUUGAUGUGAUAUUGAAGACUACUGUGGAGAAAAUAAAAUCUGAAAUCCUCGAAGUGAAACACAAUAAAUAUCUAAAUGAUUACAAGAAAGGCCAGAAAAAGAUGAAAACCAACCAAAAACAUCCAACUCCCUCAAAAGAUGUGGGAGAGAUAAUUGAGGAGAGGCAAGGGACACCAAUACAUCGUACACAUCCAUCAUCAGUUUAG